AUGCCGCCACGACGCAUGAUCGCCGCUCUGUUGGCAACAGCGUUCGUUUUGCCCACGUCCUCCGCGGUUGAUACCGUUGAGGACAUGCAGUGCGACUGCUUCCUCUCCAACGGGACCAACCCCGGCUACUACACCCACCACGCCUUCUUCGACUUUCGGCAACUAACACCACGCGCGAGCCCGCCCGCCAUCAUCGGCGACGCAGCCGCCGUCGCCGCCGCGCCGCCCACCAGCGACUUCUUCACCUCGGACACCUGGACCGCCUUCUGGGAGGUCGAGACGUGGGACAACAGCAAAGGCGGCGCUUCCCGCCGCCGCAGCAGCAGCAAAAACACCCUGUCCAACGACGCCACCGUCUACAUGAUCAACUCGGCCAGCAACAUCUUCAUCGAAAAGGCCGCCGCCGACGGCAGCGACGGCGGCAGCGACGUCGCGACGUUCCUGACCAUGCGUACCGCCCGCCUCGCCGACUUCCAGACCGCCGCCGAGUUCCAGACCUCGCGCGCCGACUACCACUUCCUGUCGCUGCGGAUGCGCGCGCGGACCGUCGGCGCGCCCGGCGCCGUCACCGCCAUGUUCACCUACCGCGGGUCGCCGGACCCGGCGCGCGUGCAGGAGGCCGACGUCGAGGUGCUGACGCGCGGGCCGCGCUCCGUCAUGCAGUACACCAACCAGCCGUCCGACCUGCCGGACGGUGAGGUCGCCGGGGCGACGCGCAACGCGAGCGUGGCGCCGGCGGCGUGGUCGGAGUGGGCGGCGCACCGCCUGGACUGGACGCCGGCGCGCAGCACGUGGUACGUGGACGGGCGCGAGGCGGCCAGCAUCGCGCUGCAGGUGCCGCGGGACCCGGCGGCGGUCAACUUCAACGCCUGGAGCGACGGCGGCUCGUGGAGCGGCAACAUGACGGUCGGCGCCGCGGCGAGCCUGCAGAUCCAGUGGAUCGAGAUGCUGUACAACACCACCAGGCGCGCCGCGGCGGUUCGCAGGGGAAGAGGGGGCGGCCGGUGCAGGGUCGUCUGCACGGUUGACGACGCGGGAGAGGUCGGCAAGGCGGCGGUCCUGUCGAAUAGCAUGGGUAGCGGUGCUGUCCCCAGCACCAGGCCUUCUGCUGGCGUGGGCGGUCUGCUGGCGCUUGGAUGGGGAGCCGUGGCGAUCCUCUACAUGAUUCCAUAA